ACCACCUGCAAGAACCAGCUGAUGUAACUUUGGUCCCGAGUGGCUGCAGAGUACGGGGCGAGAUUACACGUAGAUAACACGUAUUCCGGGCUGCUCCUCACCUACUCAAGAGCCCUCAAGGUGGUUCUAGCCAGAUACAACCGGUACUGAGGCUGACAUUAUCACUGACAGACUGCAAUCAUCAUUCAGUGUCGGCAGGUAAAGAGACAGGUGUGCAGCCUCCCCGUGCGAAUUACAGGCAGCAGCAGAAGGAGUUCAGCCAGCCAGUCAAGUGCUGUCAACCACAAACAACUGACCACCACACCACCGCCACACCACCACCGCCAUGACCGACAACAGGGUUUACCGCACACGCACGCUUGGCAUCCCCGCCGAGGGCCUCAAGGACCAGUAUGCUGACGGCACUGCGGCCAAGCUCUGGGAACUAUACAUCGGUGACAAAAACCAACGGACAGAAGUUUAUCGCAAAUUUAUCGUUCAGCUCCUGAGGAAACACAACUGCCACAAUAUUCUGGAUGUGGCAUGUGGCACUGGGGUGGACAGCAUAAUGUUACUGGAGGAAGGCUUUCAAGUGACAAGUGUUGAUCUUUCGGACAAAAUGCUGAAGUACGCUCUCAAGACAAGGUGGCAGCGCAGAAAGGAGCCGGCUUUUGACAACUGGGUGAUAGAGGAAGCAAACUGGCUGACCCUCCCUGAUGACAUAGAGGGCCAGGGAACAUUUGAUGCUGUCGUUUGCCUGGGAAAUUCCUUCGCCCAUUUACCUGACGUUUCAGGGGACCAGUCAGAGCACAGAUCAGCGCUCCACAACUUCUGUGAGAUGGUCAAGCCGGGCGGCAUAUUAGUCAUCGACCACCGAAACUACGACUACAUUGUCGACUCCGGCUCUGCGCCCUCACAGAACAUCUACUACAAUAGUGAGCACAUCGUGGACAUCAAGACGUCUGUUCUCUACGUCAACGGCCAGCCCUCGUUAGUCACCCUGGACUACCUCAUGGACAUCAACGGGGCAGACAAACGCUGCAACACAGACUCAGAAGUUUCCAAGAAGGGCCGUGUUGAAGGACAGGAGACGAGGAGCAACUUCCGGCUUUCCUACUUCCCUCACCGCGUUGCCAGAUUCAGUGAGCUCCUCCAAGAAGCGUUUGGUAAAGGAGCCCAGCAGUCAGUGUACGGUGACUUUAAGGCAAUAGGGGAAGUUAAGAACCCAGGCUUUUAUAUACAUGUUAUUGUGAAGCCUUAAAAUAUCCUGGAUGGUGUGUGUUCCAGUGUGUCUUACUGUGCAGGCAGGCCUUGCUACACGUGUGGGUUGGGGCUCAUGACUUACAGCUAACAGUUUGAUGAAUAAUGAAGCAAGUUUUCUCACACAAAUCAGUCAUGGGUUGGCUUUCUUAAAACUUUUACACCUAACAGUUUGAUGAAUAACAAAACAAGUUUUCUUUUUCAAAUUAAAGUAAUAUGGGUGGAAUUUCCUUCCAAGCCCCUUCCCUACCAAAAUCAAGUUAGUUUUAAGAACACUGAAUAGUAUGAUAUUUUGGUGUGAAAAAAAUUGCUGUACAGAUCAGCAAGCAUAUGUAUAAUUCAUAAAAUAACCUACACAGUAAUGUGCAGUGUAAUCUGACACAACAGACUAAUUAUGGAAUGAUUGUUAUUUACAUGUCAAUGGAUGUUCAGAGUCACAUUGUAACUUUGUUUUGGUAAUUAGCAAUAACUCCUAGAAAGUCUAACCACACUUAACAGCAUGUUUCCUGCUGGUCAUUUUGCAAUGUUUCUCAUCACAAUAUGUAGAUGGUUUUGGGAGUCAGUGCACAACAGUACCCGUGUAACAAGGCUUGCCUGUGUACCCAAGUGGAGUUGGCGGGUUUGGGGGGGCCUUACAAAUGUGUUCCUUGGUGUGUAUGUGUAGGGUUGGGUCUUGUAGUACAGUAACACCUCAAGUAUUUAGAAUAAAGGGGAGAAGCUGGAUAAAAUUGGUGGAGAUAUAAAUUUUCUGGGGAAAAAUAGUACACCAAAUCUCCCAAUGUGGUAAUUUAAGUAUGAAUGAUUAUUGAAAGAUACGAACAACUGUAUUAUGUCUGAAAAUAGAUGGAACACAAAUUUUAUGUGGGCAAAUUGUGGAAUGGAAAAUUACCCAGUGUACAUUGUGUAGUAAUUGUGAUCAUUGGAAUAUUAACACUCAGCUACAUUCUGUGAAUGCACUGAAAAUAUAUAAAAUACUAUGAACACUUUAAUUAGGGAUAAAAAGUCUUGUGCAAUACAAAAUUAAUAGUAAGUGUAUUGGGAACUAUCUGAGGCUGGUGGCUGGCCAAGGUGUGUCUCUACCGUGUUGUGGCAGACAAGUACAGGUUUCCCAAGACCCCAACCAGACUCCAGUGUUGUCUGGACUUCCAGAGGCAUGCAAGCUGAGGUAAUGCUGCACGUGUCCACAGCCGUGAGGCUUUGCUUAGUGUAAACAAUGAUCUCAACUGUCAAACAUUCCAUCCAUUUCUCUUAUUAGCUGUUCUCUCUAUUCUGGUCUUGACCUGACUAACUCCUCUCACUUUGUUGUAGCAACCCAUAUGCCUGUCAUGACAUUUACCAUAUAUAAUAUUCCCACUUAUACCCUUAGGAAAAUAGUAUCCAUGACAUAGUAGAUCUCUUGAAGUUGUGAAAUUUUGUUCCAGCCUCUCGCACACAACACUGCAGAAACACCAACUAUUUUAAUUGUAUGAAACUGUCAAGUGUAAUGAAUCCUUAGAGCUUUCAACCUUGCAUUUUAACCUGACAGUUGCCAUCACCAGUGUGGUGAACAAAUAUUUUAUGCACACGAACACUUGUGGAAAAUUGAUCAACUUGACACUUUUUGAGACUCAGUAGCCAGUUUUCUGCCCUCCAGGUCACCUCUUCUUCCCUACACUCCUCUCUCCUCCAUCCUUCUCCUCCACUCUCCUCCUCCAUUCCCCUCUCUCCCUCCACUUCACUCCCCUGACACCCUCUCUUCCAUCCUCCUCCUCCUCCUCUUCCCUCUCUUCCAUCCUCCUCCUCCUCUUCCUCUUCCAUCCUCCUCCUCCUCCUCUUCCUCUUCCCUCUCUUCCUUCCCUUCCACUAUCCACAAUGAGUUUCAAGGAAGGUGGAUCAGUGUCUCCAUCUGCAAAUGGCUGUGCACAGUUUACUUGCUCAAUUUUACGAACAUUUGUUAGAUGAACAAAAAUAUAAUCCAUUUACUAUUAUAUGAUCAGGGUGACUGUUGUGUUUUGUAUUGUACAUGUUUGUGUUCACUAGGAGGGGCUAACUAAGGGUGGAGGCCUGGACACCUCUCCUCGGUGCCCCCUCAAACUAGACACAGAAGGAGCUCUAGAGGGAGGGAGGGGCUCCUUGAUACUCUUUUAUUAAGUGUUAUGUUGUUCCUUGUUUCUGUUCUUGUUGGUGCCACGUACUUAGAAUGUAUACUUUGGGGAAGGUUUAAGAUGUGUAUAAAAGUCAUACGGGUGA